CUGCUCCUGCUGCUGAGCUGCAGCCGUGGCGCCUGCCUUGCCUUCUCCGCCCGCGCAGCUGGAGCCCUCUCCUCUGCCGCCGCCGCCGCCGCCUCCUGCUGUUCCUCCUCCUGCUUCCCCGCUGCCUGGGCCCGGAGCCCCUCGUCGCCACUGAGGAUGAGCCUCCCCGGCCGCCCGCGCCCCCUCGCCUCCCUCCGCCCGGCCCCAUUCAUCUAGCGGCUGGUCUCCCUUGCAAUUAUGGAUAUCUAAAAGAGCAAGAUAGUGUGGAGGGGGAACCCCCCUCCCCACUCCUUUGGUUGCCUUCUGUAAACUUAUUUUCCUGGACAGUAAUAAAAUAUUUUGUAGAAAAAGAAAUGAAGACUUGAACUCAAAAUUUAUAUUGAUGAAAUAUAUUUAUUUUUUUACGUGCCAAGCCUUAAACAGCACAAUUUUUUUAUGGCCGCUGUCUGAAACAGAAUAAAUGACCUGGAAAUCUUGGACUGCAUGUGAGGAAGGGGCAAAACCAGAUUGCCCUGGUGUGCUUUAUAGGGGCUUAGCAGUUCAGUAAAGAGUACGAUGAGUUCUUUGAUGCCAGACUGUACUCUGAAAUGUCGAUCACAGCAGCAUGCUUUGGAUAUUGUUUCAGUAGUGACCCGAGGAAGUGAAGGCCAGAUCAAGGCCUUUCUCACUUCUCAUUGCUAUAAUGCAGCAACAAGCAAGGAUACAUUUGGUAGGAAUGCUCUCCAUCUUGCCUCUUCUUGUGGAAAGAAAGGCGUGUUGGACUGGCUGGCAGAAACAAAUGGAGUGGAUUUGUCGGCAAAAGACAAAGAAUCAGGAUGGACCGCUUUACACCGUAGUGUCUUCUAUGGCCAUAUAGAUUGUGCAUGGUCACUACUGAAGCAUGGUGUGAACUUGUAUGCACAGGAUAAAGAAGGCUUGUCUGCUUUGGAUCUUGUAAUGAAGGAUAGACCAUCCUAUGUCAUUUUCAAAAAUACAGAUCCUACAGAUGUCUAUACUUGGGGAGACAAUAUAAAUUUCACUUUGGGUCAUGGUAGUCAACAGAGUAAAUAUCAUCCUGAGUUGGUGGAUCUCUUUCCUAGAAAUGGUGUUUAUAUUAAACAGGUGGUACUCUGCAAAUUUCACUCCGUAUUUCUUUCACAAAAAGGACAGGUUUAUACCUGUGGACAUGGUCAGGGUGGACGCUUGGGUCAUGGUGAUGAACAGACUUGCUUGAUUCCCAGGCUGGUGGAAAACUUGCUGGUUCAUCAGUGUUCUCAGGUGGCAGCAGCUACAGAUCAUACGCUUGUUUUAACAGAAGAUGGAUGUGUGUACACCUUUGGCCUCAAUACAUUUAAUCAACUUGGUGUUAUUCCUCCUCCCCCUAAUUGUAGUGUUCCCAAACAGGUUCAAGCAAAAAAUCUUAAAGGAAGAACAGUUAUUGGUGUGGCUGCAGGCAGGUUCCAUACAGUGCUGUGGACCAAAGAAGCAGUAUACACAAUAGGGUUGAAUGGUGGACAACUAGGAUACUUGCUAGAUCCUAAUGGAGAGAAGUGUGUUACUUCUCCUCGCCAAGUCUCUGCUCUGCAUCAUAAGGACAUUACUAUGUCCUUUGUCACUGCAAGUGAUGGUGCCACAGUUUGUGUUACAGAAAGAGGAGAUAUCUAUUUGCUUGCUGACUAUCAGUGCAAGAAGAUUGCUUCCAAGCAACUAAACCUAAAAAAGGUUCUUGUCAAUGGUGGAUAUUUAGAUUAUAGAGUGGAUCCUCAAAACCUUAAAGAAAAUGGAGGUCAGAGAAUUUGUAUUCUUGCACUGGAUCAAGCUGGAAGAGUGUUUUGCUGGAAGUCUGCUAACAGUCCUAUGAAGCAGUGCCGAUGGAUGUAUGGCCGCCAAGUCUACAUGUCUGAUAUUUCACUAAACAGAAAUGAAAUGAUGUUUGUUACACAAGACGGUGAAGUGUUCAAAGGAAAAUGGGUGGAUGGAAAUAAAAACUCAGGAAAGAAAGCAGAGAUUGUCUCAAAUCUUCAGAAUUCCUCAAAUGAUAUCACAUCUUAUGAAACCAACAAUGUAUAUGAACGCAUACGACUCGAGAAGCUUGCUUUUGUUCACAGAGCAGUCAGUGUUACCACAGAUCCUAGUGGUUGUAAUUUUGCUGUUUUACAGUCAGAUCCCAAAACAAGUUUAUAUGAAAUUCCAAGUGUGUCAAUGUCUAGCUUUCCUGAGGAUUUUGGCAAAUUGUUGGGAGAAGCAGAAGUUAUGGACACCAUCCAUGAUGUGACUUUUCAGGUUGGCACAAGGACUUUCCCUGCGCACAAGUAUAUUUUGGCAAUGCGCUCUGAUUUUUUCCGGAAGCUCUUUGCCGCUGAUCACAGUUGGCUGGAUCCUACUGACUUUUAUCGCAAAGAAGACGAUGAUGUUGGUUGUGAUUUGUUUGUGAUUGAAAAACUUCACCCAGAUUUGUUUAUGUACCUUCUGCAGUACAUUUAUACAGAUUCUUGUGAUCUCCUUGUUCAUGGUCACAGGCCCAAAAUGGUGUACAAAGAAAGAAUGGAAGAAAAUGAAGACACCCUAAUUAAAAAUUUGAGUAAAAUAACUAUUCAUGGGGAUGCUAAUAGUAAGUCUGCAUUUGAGGUUUACAGAAGUAACCAAGAGCAGCUGGUAAAUGAAAAACAGAAAAGUAAACCAAAAUCCACUUCUAAGAAAUGCAAAGGUGUUGGAGAAGAAGUAAAUCUCAUAAAAAUGCUGCAGGUUGCUGCAAAUAAAUUUCGACUUGACAGUUUAAGUUCAAGGCUAGAUGGCGUCCGAAUAGAAAAUGGAAGAAUUAGUAUUGCCAACAGAAACAGUGGAAACAAACCAAAGCUAAACCAGAAAAAAAUUUCAUACCUCUGCGAUGUCACCAUGAAGUCUAUAGAUGAAAAGGAAUUUCCAUGCCAUAAAUGCGUACUAUGUGCAAGACUUGACUACUUUCACAGCAUGCUGAGCAACUCCUGGAUUGAGGCAUCUCGCUGUGCAUCUCUGGAAAUGCCAUUCUCCUCAGACAUCCUGCAGGUCAUCCUGGAUUAUAUUUACACUGAUGAAGCUGUUGCAAUAAAAGAAUCUCAAAAUGUGGAGUUCAUCUGCAACGUUCUUGUAGUAGCAGACCAGCUCCUUAUGUCACGACUGAAAGAAAUUUGUGAAGUAGCCAUUACAGAAAAAUUUACUUUAAAGAAUGCUGCUGAGAUUCUGGAGUUUUCAGCCAUGUAUAAUGCUGAACAGCUGAAGCAGUCUUGUCUGCAAUUCAUUGUACUAAACAUGGCAGCUAUACUUGAAACGAGGGCUCUGGAUGUUUUAAGUGAGGAUGUCCUGAAAGACCUUUCUGUUGCUUAUAGGAAAGCGAUCCCUGCUAUGGUCAGAAGAGUAAUUACUCCAUACCAAGGUGGCCCUGAUAUAAGUUAUUUGGAGCCUGAGGAAGGAGAAACGUUUGUCUUUCUGAAAGAAGAACUAAGUACAGAACACACUUCUCAGGAAGCUCUUCUCAAAAAAGCUAAAGCAAAGGCUAAAAAGAAGCCUCGAAGACGGUCAGACAGCUCGGGUGGAUAUAAUCUGUCAGAUAUUAUCCAGAGUCCACCCUCCAAAGGGAUAGUGAAACUUGACAAAACUAAUUCUGUUGAAUCUCUUCCUGAGAUGCUGAUGUCUGAUUCUGAAGGAAGCUAUGUGGGAGUGAACAGCCCUAGAGAUCUGCAGUCUCCAGACUUUACAGCAGGAUUCCAUGCAGAUAAGGUUGAGGUGAAAGAGAAAAUGUAUGUUUCUAAUACAGUUCCACAUGUCAACAAAGAGGUGAAAACUUCUGAUGGAACAUCAACACAAAAAAUAUCGCUUCCACAGUCCAUUCCUAAUAACAAAAUCACCUCUGCAAGUUCUUCCAACUGGGUUGUCAGUUCUUUCAGUCCUGCCAGUCCUCCUACUAUGGAUUUAAGAACUAUCAUGGAAAUUGAAGAAAACAUGCAAAAAUGUGGAAGCUUGCCAAAGAUAAAUUCGGGUAGACCUACUCCUCAUGGAGGCAAGCUUUCUCAGAAGCAAAGGAAAAUGAUUGCCCUGGCUGCAAAGGACAGUAGCCCAGAUUUUGUGCCAGAUGUAGUCUUGCCACCUACAUCCCCCAAAACUGCAAAAUCUGGAAAUGUCUGGGCUUCUCCAAUCCAUUCUGCCUUGCCAAAGUCAUUUCGUGAUCUCCUGGUGGAAGGGAAAAAAACAGCUGGUGCCACUUCUGGAAACGUUUGUGCUAAAGUGAUGGAGGAUGCACCAGCUCAGAAAAUCCUGAGAUGCACAGCUGCCAUUACUCUUGGAACAGAGAAUGAACAUUUGUGUGAGCCAGCUCAGACAGAAAACCAGAACCCUUGGCUAGGAGCAUCUUUAAUGAGUCCAACGGCAGCAACGCCUAUCACAUUUGCAGAAAUUGUAGAGGAAGAACUCCAGCAAGAAGCGGCUCUUAUCCGAAGCAGAGAGAAACCUUUAGCUUUGAUCCAGAUUGAAGAGCGUGCUAUUCAGGAUCUUUUAAUCCAUUAUCAAGCAGUGGAUAACCCUGAUGAGUUUGUUGUUGUUGAAAGGUCUCCUCAGGGGCCCAUAGCGGCUCCUAUGUGGAACAAGCAUUGAUACACAAAGAUAAGGGGUUUCAUGAAGAUGCGUACUGUACAAAUGUUGUUUUUGUUGUUGUUGUUGUUCACAUGAAUCUGCUGGUUCUACAGUGACAGUGAGGGUAGUAAUGUGUGUCCAUCUUUUCUCAGCAUAGUCUUGUGUUUUGAAAAUGUAUCUUCCUUACCAAAUUCCAUAACUAGGCUGUAGUCUUGCAUUUCAUAAGGAUGGGGUUACAUUUCAUAAGGAUGGGGUUGAAGACUACAUAUGCUUGAAAUUAAGUUGUAAGUAGUAUAUAAGAGAUUCCUAUAAUAAUUAUCAUAAAGUGGAAAACCAGGUGGUCUUUUCAAGUUAACUGCAAAACUUUCAUACUCAUGUAAACAUGUUGUUUUAAUUGGAUGGAAUCAUCAACCAGAAUGUCAGAUGUUUAGAUUUUAUUUAAAUAAAUAAUAAAAAAACAUAGCUUUUAUGUGUAAUAACAGAAAGUCAAGAACAUUAAUGUCUGUUGAAGCAGUGACAUAUAAUGUCUGGUAUGUUUGUGUGUGCCUCUGCACUGUUGGCUCUCCUGGAUAAUACUCCUAACCAUCAUGCCUUACAGAAGUGGUGAGCCUUUAUGCUAGGCUAGCGUUUUCUACAGGAUUACGUAUGUAUUUUAUUAUUAUGAGACAGGCUCAGAAGAACCUAAACUUCCAUGUGGGUUCCCAAAAUAACAAGAAGAAAUGAAUAAUAACUAUUAGCAAACAUGUGGCAAGAUGAAAAAGGGGUAAGAACAGCAUGCUAAACAAAAAAAUCUUUGGGAGAAAAAAUAAAACAAGUAAUUACAUUAAAACUACUCAAACAAAUUAUGAUUGCAUUUUGGUAAGGUCUGCUUUUAAUAGAUGCAUUGAUACCACUGAGUACUAUGUGUUAAAAAGAAAAGAAAAGAAAAUGUGCCUAAUUGUGAUUGUAUUUUUGUUGUUGUUGGAAAGUCUUCUAAAAUUGUGUUUGCUAACUCUAAAAAAUAAUGUGCCAUUUGUACGAUGAGAUUUUUGCAGGGGAAGAGAAGGCGCUUUACUGAAAUCACUCAUCUUCCUUUACCAACCAUAUGCAGAUUGGGGCCGCUGUGUUUUAUCCUAAUGGCACUGUGAGGGAAUCAGCUUUGUUGGCAUUUAAUGCAGUUCUCUCCCACGGGUUGGAGUUGAACCCAAGAAAGACUCUGUGAAUGAAAUUGCAAUAAAGAGUAAAAUAACAGAGCAGCAUAAGUUA